UUUUCCUGCUUUUAAAUGUCCGAUGUGAGAGUUUCUGUCAUGAACAAAAAAAACUUUUAAACAACUGAACGGAAUAAACGAUGACGACAUUCACGCAUCUGCUGCUCCUCUGCGUCACAGUCGCAGGUGUGAGCGGAGCUUCAGAAUUAUCCUUCAUCAAAGAACCCAGUGAUGUCAUCGCUGUGAGGGACCGCCCCCUCAUGCUAGACUGUCAGGUAGAAGGGGAGGGGCCUAUCACGAUCACCUGGAGACGGAACAGUGUAUCUAUACCUCUGGGAGUGCGAGCGCUCGUGUCGGAGAACGGCACGCUCUUGAUUCAGAACUUUCAGAAGCGGCGGGGCAGCGACGAGAGCGACGCCGGCGAGUACGACUGCUCCGCACAGAACCGAUACGGCUUGAUCAUCAGCCGCAAGGCACACGUACAGCUCGCAUCUCUCCCAAAGUUUCACACACACCCGGCGUCUGUGAGUGUGGAUGAAGGAGGUGUCGCUCGGUUUCACUGCGCUGUGAGUGGCGUUCCUGAAGCCAACAUCAGCUGGGAGAGGAACGGAACGGCCAUAAACAACGAUGAUAACAGGUACACACUUCUGCCCAAUGGUAUUCUUCACAUCACAGGAGUGCGUCAGUCUGACAGCGGUGUGUAUCGCUGUAUGGCUAAAAACAUCGCAAACACUCGCUACAGUCAUGAAGCCCAGCUGUCUGUCACAGUGGCAGGUAAUGGUCUGUAUAAGGAUCCGGUCAUUCUCUCUGGACCUCAGAAUCUCACUCUGAAUGUCCAUCAGACGGCUAUACUGGAGUGCAUCGCCACCGGUAACCCUCGGCCCAUCGUGUCCUGGAGCAGACAGGACGGGCGCUCUAUAGGUGUGGAGGGCAUCGAGGUGUUGGGCACAGGGAAUCUCAUCAUCUCAGACGUGUCUCUACAGCAUUCUGGAGUCUAUGUGUGUUCUGCUAACCGACCCGGAACCAGAAUGAGAAGAACUGCAGUGGGCCGACUGGUGGUGCAAGCUCAAAUGGGCUCGUGUUUGACGCUGGCGGCUGAAAGCUGA